AUGGCGAAAGAACCACUACUGCAGGAGGCCGGCGACCUCACAUCGCACUCUGGGACGAUGGCAGGGUUCCAGACGAACAUUGUGAUCGAACACGCCCAGACCGAGCCCAAGCACUCGCAAGCUGACCCCUACUAUGUCAUCCUCUCUCAAACAAACAAUGACGUCAUCUGCAUUUCGGAUGUACUAGUGUCUAACGGCAAGAUCUCCGGUGCUUUCUACGGCGACACCGGAUACAAGUGCGGUCAAUUUUGGUUCGCAAGCGAGAACCGCAUCGGCUCUGACUUCGAGGCGCCGCGAUGUAUCUGGCCAGACGCCAACCACAACAACGACAUCAACGCUCGUGCCAUUAGCUUCCACCUCAACGACAUGCAGCCCAACGAAGAUAAGCUGCAGCAGUAUUACGAAAACCUCGACACCCUCUGCAACAGCACACCUCGUUUCUCCUUCUAG